UGUUAAUGUUUAAAAAACUUGGAAUUUUUGUAAAGUUGUAAAUAUAUUGAGACAAUUAUACGGAUUCGUUCGUAAAAUUUUGUAUCAUAUAAAACGUACUUUCAUAUGAUAGCAAUAAAAUACAUUUUUUUUAAUGUCCUACGUGUGGAGGAAUUGUAUAGUGCUUCCGAUCUCGUCUUCUCGCAGUAUGCUUACUGUUUUAUUCUCAGUGCAUCAGAAAAAAUGUGAAGUUGAGAGUUUGAAUGUAGAUGUAGACUCGUGCAUCGUUGUCCAUCACGAAGAUGCAGCACGAUGCGCUAACCACUAACCUCCAAUAAAGUAAACGGCACAGCCAAAUAAAACUGUGGCAUCGUCGGAAUAUUCCUAACCUAAAAUGUCCGACGACGAGGAUUUGGUUUAUGUAAAGAAACAGAAAACUGUUCAUUAUGGCUCUCUCGAGGAGGCCGAACGUGCACGACUUGCAGCUGCUGUCGAAAGUACAGACGAGGAAAAGGAUGUCACAAGUGCGAACGAUGCCGUCAAUGCUUCUGCCUCAGGGGGAAAUGUACACAUCUCGAAUGAGUAUAUGGAGCUUGAAGAUGAAAUGUCCAAAGAUCGGCAGGCGUUAUUGGAGGAAUUUGAACGUAGGAAAAAGGCUAGACAAAUUAAUGUUUCUACAGAUGAUUCCGAAGUAAAGAAACACCUGAGACAAUUAGACGAGCCAAUAUGUCUAUUUGGGGAAGGUCCAGCGGACAGAAGAACAAGAUUAAGAGAAUUAUUAGCCAGUGUGGGAGAGGAUGCUAUUAAAAAGAAACAUGAAGAGGAGGAGAAACCAACUCACACACUCGAAAAAGAUACAGAGUCAACUUGGUAUCACGAGGGGCCAGAUUCUUUGCAAAUUGCACGAUCAUGGAUAGCAUCAUAUUCAUUACCCAGAGCAAAGGCUCGGCUGGAUAAGGCAAGGCAAGAUCUACUGUUACCUUCUGCAACACGUACAGCGAAAAGGCAAGAACUUUUAAAGAAGUUGCAAGCACUGAGCAUUUAUUGUUCUCAAAUCGGAGACAGAAGGCCCAUUUCCUUUUGCCAGUUUAGUCCUAAUUCAAAAAUCCUUGCUACAGCUUCAUGGUCAGGCUUGUGCAAAUUAUGGUCUGUACCCGACUGUACUUUGUUGCGCACUUUACAAGGACAUAAUUGUAAUGUUAGCUGUAUUGUUUUUCACCCAAAAGCUACCAUAACCGAAGAUGUGGUAGGUGAUAAUGCAGAACAGAUUUGUGUGCUGGCAUCUUGUGCGGCAGAUGGUACUGUGAAAUUGUGGGGCGGUGGCACUGGUGAAGAACCAUUAGCGGAAGUGGAAGGACAUGAACCUCAUAGAGUUUCCAAGAUAGCGUUUCAUCCAUCUGGACGAUUUCUCGGCACAUGUUGUUACGAUGCAUCUUGGCGAUUAUGGGAUUUGGAGCAACAAGCGGAAGUACUUCAUCAAGAAGGUCACGCUAGAGCAGUACACUGUAUUAGCUUUCAAUGCGACGGAAGCGUUUGCACCACAGGCGGUCACGACUCUUUCGGCAGAGUAUGGGACUUGCGAACCGGCAGAUGCAUAAUGUUCAUGGAGGGUCAUUUGACGUCCAUUUUCGGCAUCGAUUUCUCGCCAAACGGUUUUCACGUAGCGACAGCGAGCGAGGAUAACACAUGCAAGAUAUGGGACUUGCGAAAGCGAACCUGCAUAUACACGAUACCGGCACACACGAACUUACUGUCCGAUGUGAAGUACCAAAGAACAGAAGGGCAGUACUUGGUUACCGCGUCUUAUGAUAACACAGCCAAAAUUUGGUCCAACAAGACGUGGCAGCCUCUCAAAGUGUUACCAGGUCACGAUGGAAAAGUCAUGUCUGUUGACGUAUCACCUGAUCAUAAGUUCAUAGCAACUAGUUCGUACGAUCGAACUUUUAAAUUAUGGGCCCCAGAAUGAAACACUUGAAGGAACAUUUCUUUCUCAACACCUAUACUAUAAAUAUUAUAAAUAUUUAUUUUAGCACUUUUUAUAUAAUGUUGCAUAAAUAUUUAAAAUAUAAGAAACAUUCUAGUAAUAGUAUCUAAUUUGUUUAUUAUAUAUAUAUCUGUAAUUUUAUUUUAGUAAUUAGUAAUAAGCUAUUAUUUUUUUUAGUAAACAUAAUUCUUAGUAAAUUAGCAUGUCAAAUGUAUUAUUAGUAAAUUGUGUAUCAAUUUCAUCUUACAAUCAUGUAAUUUUGUAUGACUUUAAAAUUAAUGUCCUUGAAAAUAAUGUGUUUUCUUUAAUAUUGAAAA